AUGAAGCUCCGCAACAAGGCGGCGGCGCUGCUCCUGCUCGCGCUGGCCGGGCUGCUGCUCGUGCUGCUGUCCCUGCGCGCCGGCCGCGCCGCACCCCCCGCGCCACUCGCGCGCCCCGCGUCUGCCCCGCCGCGCCGCCCAGCGCCGGCCCUCGCGCGCCUACCCGGCCCCGGAGCCCUCCCGGGGGCCGGCCAGGGUGCUCGUCGGCGCCGGCCCCCGCGUCCGCGCCCCAGAGCCGGGCGUCGGGGCGCCGCGAGCCUGAAGAAGUUGUCAAGGAGGCCCGGGGAACCCAGGAGUUUCCAAGCUGUGCUGCCACCCGAGCUCUGGAUCCACCUUGCUGUGGUGGCCUGUGGCAAUCGGCUGGAGGAGACACUGGUCAUGCUCAAAUCGGCCGUGCUCUUUAGCCACAGGAAGAUGCAGUUUCACAUCUUCACGGAAGACUCUCUGAAGCCUGAGUUUGACAAGCAGCUACGACAGUGGCCUGACUCUUACACAAAGAAGUUUGAGCACAGAAUCUACCCUAUCACAUUUUCAGUUGGAAACCCUCAGGAAUGGAAGAAAUUAUUCAAACCCUGUGCUGCCCAGAGACUUUUUCUUCCGGUGAUUUUAAAGGAUGUGGACUCCCUUCUCUACGUGGACACCGACGUUCUCUUUCUGAGACCUGUCGAUGACAUCUGGAAGCUUCUGAGGCAGUUUAAUUCCACGCAACUUGCAGCCAUGGCCCCCGAGCAUGAAAUCCCCAAGAUAGGCUGGUACAGCCGCUUCGCUCGGCACCCUUUCUAUGGCUCCGCAGGAGUGAACUCAGGAGUCAUGCUAAUGAACUUAACUCGGAUAAGAAGCACCCAGUUCAAGAACAGCAUGAUUCCAACAGGCUUGGCUUGGGAGGACAUGCUGUACCCUCUGUACCAGAAGUACAAGAAUGCCAUCACGUGGGGAGACCAGGACUUAUUAAAUAUUAUUUUUUAUUUCAACCCAGAGUGUCUCUACGUGUUCCCCUGCCAGUGGAACUACCGUCCUGAUCACUGCAUGUACGGAAGCAACUGCAAAGAGGCAGAGCGGGAAGGUGUGUCUGUCCUGCACGGGAACCGUGGCGUCUACCAUGACGAGAAGCAGCCGACGUUCAAAGCUCUCUAUGAAGCCAUCCGGGAUUUUCCCUUUGAAGACAAUCUCUUUCAAUCCAUGUAUUACCCUCUUCAGCUGAAGUUUUUAGAAACUGUGCACACUCUAUGUGGACGAAUCCCACAAGUUUUUCUGAAGCAAAUUGAGAAAACAAUGAAAAGGGCUUAUGAGAAACAUGUCAUCAUCCGUGUCGGCCCCAACCAGAUGCACUGAGGGUUUCACAUUGUUGCCAAUCAAUUAGGCUUCUCAUGAACGAGGAGACACCCGUCUGCAAGCCGCCUGGGUCUCUUUUAUGUGAAUAUUUAGUGGUGCUCUAAGACAAUUGAGUUUAAAAAGCCUUGUUAAAUGUUGCUAAAUUAAUUGCCCCUCAAAGGAAAUAUGCUUUAAUUUUUCCUAAAAUGCUAUUUGUCUCUCUGUUGUUGCUUUUUUUUUUUUUUUUAAGUGGUGUUAUUGCUCAUUGAACAUUGUUGCAGCAGUGAGCUGGCUGUGGAAAGUUCUGUGAGCCUUCCAAUUCCUAAGUGUCUGAGACAAUGUCAGUGGCAUCCAAAGUGACAGCUUUUAUCCACUUUUUCUGAGACUCUUUCAAUGCAGUUGUUUCCCCCAUCCCUUGUUAUCAAAGUAAUACGUGCUUCUGGUAAAUCAAACAAAUUUUUAAAAUGUAUAGAGAAUAUAUAGGCAAGUGGACCAAAGUCAGAAUGAGACUAGCCAUAAUCCUAUCAACCAGGGGAAAAGAUUUUGAUUUUAGAGUAGUCCUAAGUCUUUUUCCCUACUUCUGUAUUUAUUUGCUGGUUGUCUUUUCCAUCGUAACACAUGUCUAAAACCAGUAGUCUAAAUAAAAGUUGGCCCUUAUGCUGAGAUUUUUAUGUAGGAGACUAAAAAUUUAGGCAAAAUGAUUAUGUUUAUGGUGCUCUGCUUAAAAAUCCACCUGGGAGAAGCAUUCAGAUUUUAGCUAAUUGGGCAGGUGGUAAAGGAUGAAGCGUAACUGGGGUUUUUUUUAAGAAAAAUUAUUUAGAUUUUCCAAAUCAUAAGAAAUGUCUACGCAGCCACAGCUUCUGAAAGGAAAUUCAGUAAUUGAGUUAAACCUAAGAGGUUUACUUAGCAAAGAGAUGUGAUUUUGUGUUUACCCACAGACAAAAGCAGUUUAUCUCUUACGUUAGUAGAUGUGGCCUUCUCUCUUUAAACUUGUGGGCAGUAGGUGGAAAUUAAAGGCCAACUUGGAAGAUAAUGGGUACAAAUAAAUAGUUCAGCUGAUUCCAUUGGCAAAAAAAUGCAACUUCCUACCAGCCUUAGAAAGUUCUCGCAAACGUUCAUUUUUCUUUUCUAGGGUUAUCCGACUAUUAGCCAAGGAACCGGGCAGGUCUUCUCACCUGGCUACAGUAGAGGAAGUUCUAUAUUCUUUCCCCAAAGGGAUCUAACUUAAUCCCUAGUUACUCAAGUAGCUGGUAUUAGCAUGAGGGAGUUUUGCAUGAUGCUUUAUUUAUCUCAAAAUAACUUGUGCAUAAAUGAUCUCUUUGAUGUCUGCAACAGCCUAAUGAACUUAGUGGGAGCCUGUGUCAUCUCCACUGGGCAAAUCACGCAAUUGUAACACAAAGAAACAAACACGUUCAAUGUAAUUCCUGUUCUCUGAGACAUACAGAUGUGUAUAAAAUGCAACGUAUUUUACAGAGAAAUUUUUGGAAACAAAUAUAUUAAAUACUUUUCAACAUAUAUAGACAGCGAUCUGAAAAUAUAAAAUGAAAGUUUUUUAUUUUGGUAAUGCAAACGUAGUAUCCUACAUACCGGAAUCCAGUAGGAUAUUAGAGGUUCAGAAGAAAAAGUCUUACCCUGAAAAAAAAAAUACAUGAAAAUCUCAGCAUUACCAAAAAAUAUAUGUAUGUCAAUCAAUCUUAGUGUGCAGCAUCUUUAUGGCAGUAACAAAUUUAAAUCUAAAAUGGUUGAGUAAUAACCCAUACUUUUCCUUUGAUAAGUUGGGUGGCCUGUGGUUUGUUAUUUUUGUUUUAAGGGAAAUUACCAUGAUGAUGUGAAACUCUUAUCUUUGCUGGUAUAGUUUAUGUUUCCUCAUUUCGCCACCCAAGAUGACAUUGUCUGAUAUUUUAUAUCUGAAUAUAAAGUGAGGACAUUUCUGGACUGUCUCUUGGAUGGGGAAGAUGUGCCCUGUAUACCCACAAAUGGGGUUUUGGUGAAGGAGCCAAGCUGUGAAGACGACUCCCUGACUUCCAUUCCAGUUUUCUUUCUGCUUGUUCAGCACAGUCAAUAAACGCCACAAACGUCACUCAGGUUUGUUAGUGGCUCACAGAUCUAAAGAAGUUCCUUUCAUCCUUUGACAAGUCCCACCAAAAAAAAAAAAAAAUCUGCUUGUGAAGACUUGGAGUACAGCAGUGUCUUUUGUGACAGCCAGGUUUACCCACAACCCUCAAUUAUUGGUUCCAGGCUGAAUGUGCAAAAGAGGAUUUCCAUUAACGGUUAAUGACAAAACUCUAGAACAUUCUAGAACGAUGCAUUAUAAGAUUGUGAAAACUUAGAAUUUGGUGCGAUCUUCUGCCUUGGAGUUCCUCUGCUGUAUCUUGAAGUGUUAGUUUGGUGGAAAAUUCAGAACAAAAUUGAUCUUCCAGUUCCCACUGCCUGAAAGUGCUAAUUAUUUUCUAUGGUUAGGCUGUUACCAUGAGGCAGUAUUUUCUCUGCUUUUGAUAAUUUCCAGAAAACUAUUACAUUAGCACCUUUGAAAUAUGAUAACCACAUAUUGUAAUUCAGUGGACUCCUAAAACAUUGCGGUGUGUGGUCUGAAGUUUGCCAAAGGUUAUGUUGCCCCAUACGGCACGUUGAAUUUGUAUGGGACAAGCGUGAGACUGGGUCGCUUCUGUCUUCCUGUCUGGUCCUGUCCUCUCCCUUUUCCUUUAAACUUCUGUUUAAUGCAUGGCUAUGGAGUUCCAUUGCAGAAUGAAAGAACACUUUCUAAGAGCAAAAUGUGAUCAUGUUUUUGUGUAUGUGGAUAUUGAGACUUCCAAUGGCAGGGGCAGUCACUAGGUAUGCUGCCUAUGUUUUUCUUGCUGGUUUUUUUCCCCCAAUAUAAAUCUCCAAAAUUGUGACCUACAUUGGAAAUUUCAGUCUUUGAAAAUUUUAACUGGCUAGAAACUCUGUUUAAGUUUUCCUUCCACUUCCAAAAUAACUAUUUAUUUGAAACGUCUUUUACAUACUCAGUGCUUCCAUUGCAAAUUGUUGUGACUUUUACUGAAUUUAUUAUUGAAAUGAUAUUUAUACGGAUUCAUAGAGGUUUGUAUUUAUUUCAUUGCAAUUACGGUGUUUAUAAAACGAGCAAACCAUAUAAAACCUUUUUCACAGUCACAAAAUAGUGAUCCAGUAAUGGAAUAAUCACUUCAACCCACCCUGAAGACAGCACAACAUUCAUACAAAUUUAGGGUUGUAUAUAAAUAUUGCCUGGUACUUACACAGAAAAAAAUUGCCUAAGUUGGAUAAGUCAAAAUGAGCAUGAUUUCACGACUGAAUUCAGAAAUAUGUUGUGUUCAGAAGUAUGUUUAAUGCCACAUGAGUACAGAUCAUUAUAUUCUCAUUUAUUAGUAUGGUAAGCAAGCUUUCUUAUGUUUUUCUGUUUCUCUCCUACUUCUUCAUCUUCCUUUUGUUCAUUUUUGCCUUUCCCUUCCCGUCUUUGAUGUUAGCUUCUGAGUAGUAACAAGAGGCUUGGCGUUAGUGGCAGAGCCAUGGCACUUGGGUUCCCUGUGCAGGCAGAACUAAGUUCUAAUCCUUAGAUCAAAUCUUUAUGAUGAGAAUUUUCCAAAAGUUAAAAAAAAAUUCACACAGUACUUGUAUACACACACACGCACGGGCGCACACCUUUUAAACAAAGACCCAGCGUUUCUUGUGCUCUGUGAAUUGAAAAAUCGUAGAUAGUGACACCUUAGGUGAAAUCACUUCACAGUUGCAGUGCUAGUCUUUAAAGCUGAUGAGAUUUCUCCGGCAAACAGAGAUUUUCACAGGUCGAAACUGGAAAUACUCUCUUGAGUCUUCAGGAUGAAGCACUUGUGUUUGUAUCACCAUAUGCAUGACCUUGUAAGAAUCAGGUGCAAUUUCUGCUUCAUUGGUUUUACAUGUUUGUGUUGUCACUAAAAAGUGUCCCCAUUGUUGAUAGCUCCCAAGGAGAACCUGAGUGCAUUUUUUUUUAUGUUGGAAAACUAAUUUUUUAGUGAUUUUUUUUCUUUGGGAUGAAAUGAGCAUAAGAAGGAACUCUCCAAAGAAAAGGAAUUAUUAUAGCAAAUUAAAAAGAACAUAAGUAUUAUGACUUAACUACUAUAUUGUCUUUUUAAAUGCCAUUUCCUGUUUUACUUUUUUUUAAU